AUGACGGGUGCAAGUGGCGCGAGUAGCGUGACCAGUAGCCCGCUACCAAAAUGGCAACUCGCUUUGGCUGUUGCAGCGCCGGUUGCUUUAGGGCUCGGAUAUAUGUAUUAUAAAAACAAUACUAACAAUAAGCCAUCCUCAAAAUCAAAUCGUGGUAAAUCAAAGGGUAGCUCAAAGGAAAAUGGCACACCAGCCACUGACAAACAAAUUUCAAUUGACAUCGAUUACCCACCAAAAAGUACAUCUGAACCUGAGACUCUAUUGGAGAAAGCUCAAAAAUACAAAAAUGAAGGAAACGAACAGUUUAAAAAGGGAAAGUACGAUGAAGCAAUAAUACAAUACAAUCUUGCAAUUGAAAUAUGUCCUAAGGAAAAUACAGAAGUUCUUGCUACUUUUUAUCAAAAUAGAGCUGCUGCUUAUGAACAAUUGAAAAAGUAUAGUGCUGUCAAAGCAGAUUGUACAAAAGCCUUAGAAUUAAAACCAAAGUAUGCAAAAGCAUUAUUACGUAGGGCAAGGGCAAUGGAACACUGUAAUGAUUUAGAGUCAGCUUUGGAAGAUGUUACUGCUGCAUGUAUUUUGGAAAAUUUUUCUAAUCAAACAACAAUUUUAAUGGCAGAUAGAGUUUUAAAGCAAUUAGGUAGACAACAUGCAAUGGAACAUUUGGCAAACAAGAAAUUAAUAAUGCCUAGCAAAUAUUUUAUUAAAACAUAUAUUAGUACUUUCCCUAAAGAUCCUGUUUUUGUAAGGCUUCAAAAUGCCAAUGAUGGUAAUAUUUCUCAGGGUCUUCUAAAAGUUUUAGAAUCUGUGAAAGAACAAAAUUAUGAUGAUGUAAUACCCUUAUGCAAUGAAGAACUUGAUAGUUCUGAACCAAAUACACUGUUACACAGAAUGGAAGUAUUACUCACAAGAGCCACAUUUUACCUUUUAUUAGGACAGCAUGAUGCUGCAAUUGAAGAUCUUGGAACUAUUAUAGAUAACGAUUCUGUUUCAAAUGGUGUGAAAGUAAAUGCUUUGAUAAAAAGGGCUACUUUAUUUAUGCAACUGGAAAAUGCAGAAAAAAGUUUUUGUGAUUUUAAAAUGGCUGCUGAGCUUGAUCCCGAGUGUGGUGACAUUUAUCAUCAUAGAGGACAGGUAAACUUACUUAUGGAAAACAUAGAUGAAGCCAGGGAAGAUUUUAGAAAAGCUGUUGAACUUAAUCCCAACUUUGGAGUAGCAUUUGUACAGAAGUGCUAUGCAGAUUAUCGUUAUGGUAUAGUAAAAAGGGAUAUGGAAGUAAUAAGAGAAGCUAUGAAAGGUUUUGAACAAGCAGUUGAGAAAUUUCCAGACUGUCCCGAAUGUUAUACCUUGUAUGCCCAGAUGUUGUCGGAAACACAAGAUUAUCAGAAAGCAGAUAGGUACUUUGCUAAAGCAAUUGAAAAAGACCCAACUAAUGCAACAGUCCACGUGCACAGAGGUUUAUUACAGUUACAAUGGAAUGCUGAUGUUGAUAAAGCUGUUGAAUAUAUUAAUAAAGCAUUGUUAUUAGAUGACAAAUGUGAAUAUGGAUAUGAAACAUUAGGAACAAUUGAAGUUCAAAGAGGAAAUUUAACAGAAGCAAUAAAAUUAUUUGACAAGGCCUUAGCAUUAGGUCGCACAGCCAUGGAGCUUACACAUAUUUUCAGUCUGAGAGAUGCUGCAAAAACGCAACUUACAAUAAAAGAUAAACUAGGUUCCAGUAUAAUGUUUAAUUUCCAAAAUGUUUCAUAAGCUUUUUUUUUGUAUAAAACAACACUGAUCGGGAUCGAAAUUUAAAAUAAAUAAUACACAUGGUUACCAGAA